AUGGCCUCUCUCGGCCAGACAGCCGGCGGCAUGCGCUCUCGACAGCAACACGCUGCCGCUGAACUGCCGCCGCCGCCGCCGCCGCCUCACUCCGAGAAGCCUUCGCUCUACACCAGCGGCACGCAGCUCGGAUCAGCCAACAACGACUCCACUCGGACAAAGUCGGGCAAGCUCUACUCGAAUCACGCCAACAUGCACACCACCGGCCUCGGCCUCGGCAUCGGCGCCCAACCAGGCGCAUCCGCUGCGGCCACCAACGUCGUCUCGGCCAAGGAGCAUCGCAUCAUCGCCGCCCUCGUCAUCGUCGCCCUCGUCGUCCGCAUGUACCGCCUCGGUCAGCCCUCGAGCGUCGUCUUUGACGAGGUCCACUUUGGCGGCUUUGCGUCCAAGUACAUCCACGGCCGCUUCUUCAUGGACGUCCACCCGCCGCUCGCAAAGCUCCUCAUCACCCUCGCAGCCUGGCUCGGCGGCUUCAACGGCGACUUUGACUUUAAGGACAUCGGACGCGAGUAUCUCCAUGGCAAGGACACGCCCGUCCCCUAUGUCAUGAUGCGCGGCCUCAACGCCCUCCUCGGCGUCGCCACCGUUCCGCUUGCCUACCUCACUCUCCGAGGUCUCUCCCUCCGCGCCUCCACAGCCACGCUCGGUGCGCUCUUUGUCCUCUUUGACAAUGCGCUUACCGCACAGAGCCGCCUCAUCCUCCUCGACUCCAUCCUCGUCUUCUUCACCGCGCUCACCAUCUACUUGUGGGUCGCCUUCUGCAACGAGGAGAAGCGCGCGCCCUUCUCGCUCCGUUGGUGGUCGCUCCUCUCGCUCACCGGUCUCAGCCUCGGCGCCGUCGCGAGCUCAAAGUGGGUCGGCCUCUUCACCAUCGCCACCAUCGGCAUCUCGGUCAUCGCACAGCUCUGGGAGCAUCUCGGCAACGUUCGCCAGCCCGUGCGGGUGGUCGCGCGUCACUUUUGCGCACGCGCCAUCUGCCUCAUCGGCCUGCCCAUCCUCGUCUACCUCUUCACCUUUGCCAUCCACCUCGGCCUCCUCCAUCGCAGCGGCGAGGGCGACCCCUUCAUGAGCAGCGCCUUCCAGCACACGCUGCACGGACACGGCAUGGCCGACACCUUUGCCGACGUGGCGCUCGGCUCCACCGUCGCCAUCAAGCACCUCAACACCCAGGGCGGCUAUCUGCACUCGCACACCGCCGUCUACCCGGCCGGCAGCCAGCAGCAGCAGAUCACGCUCUAUCCGCACUCGGACGACAACAACAACUGGCUCAUCGUCAAGGCGCCCGGGCCCGAAGACCCGGCUCCCAAGCUCGACGACAAGGGCCAUCCGCUGCGCCCCGAGGACGAGGUGAGCCGCUUCCACCAGGAACCCAUCCGCUACCUCACCCACGGCAUGGAAAUCCGCCUCAUCCACAACGCCACCGACAAGCGUCUGCACAGCCACGACACCAACCGCCCACCCGUGACCGAGAGCGACUACCAGAACGAGGUGACCGCCUACGGCUUCGAGGGCUUCGGUGGCGAUGCCAACGACAACUUCCACGUGGAGAUCGUCCAGGGCGACAAGCGCGACCGCCACUCGUCGACGCGCGUGCGUGCGCUGCGCACCCACUUCCGCCUGCGCCACACGCUCACCGGCUGCUACCUCUUCUCGCACAAGGUCACGCUGCCCGACUGGGGAUUCGGACAGCAGGAGGUGACGUGCAACAAGAACCCCACCAUGCCCAACUCGCUGUGGUACGUCGAGACCAACACGCACCCGCUGCUCGAGCAUCCCAAGGAGGCAAACGCGCACAUCGACCGCGUCAACUACCGCCGUCCGUCGUUCCUGGAGCGCUUCUGGGAGCUGCAGAACGUCAUGUGGGAGACCAAUGCCGGUUUGACCGACCGCCACGCCUACGACUCGCGCCCGCAGACCUGGCCGCUCCUCAAGCGCGGCAUCAACUUUUGGACCAAGGACCACCGCCAGAUCUACCUGAUUGGCAAUCCGUUUGUGUGGUUCGGUGCCUUCGCCUCGGUGCUCGCCUACCUCGGCGCACGCGGCCUGCUCAUGCUUCGGGCGCAGCGCGGCUUCGGCGAUCUCAAGGACAGCCGCGUGCGCUUCUACGAUCAGACGUGCGGAUUUCUCGUGCUCGGCUGGGCGCUGCACUAUCUGCCGUUCUUCCUGAUGCAUCGCCAGCUCUUCCUGCACCACUACCUGCCCGCGCUCUACUUUUCCAUCCUCGUCGCCGCCGUCGUGCUCGACUUUGCCACCUCCACACUGCGGCCGCGCUUCCGACUGAUCGCCAGCGUCGUCGUGACCGUCGUGGUGCUCGCCGGGUUCUUGCGGUAUACGCCGCUGACCUACGGGUCGGACUGGACGCUGCAGGCUUGCGAAAAGGCGCGCUGGAGGAAGGGGUGGGACUUCAACUGUGCGCAGUUCCCACGCGAUCUGGUCGAGUUUAAGAACUUCCCGCCGAGCGUACAGACGCUCGAGUGGGCGCAGGGCAAGGACGCGCCACAUGCGGCGCUGGUCGACGCGAGCGCGAAUGUGACGCAGGAGGUGGGCGCCGGGGUGGCUGAGCCGGGAAGGCAUGCGUUUGACCAUGUGCCCCUGCGUGCCAUGCAGUCGUCGGCAGCCGAGGCGUACCAGCAUCUCAAGGACGGACUCCAGCACGAGGUCGAGUACGUCAAGGGCAAGGUCGGGUUGGGCGCAGCGGUUGAGCACGAUCCAGUGGCGGCGGGCAAGGCGGCUGAUCCGGCGGGUCUGGAUCAGCAGCAGAUCGAGCAGGUGAUGCUCGAAGGAACCGCACCCGUGGUCAAGGACGCUGCGGCAUCGGCGGCCUCGUCGGCUGCACCGCACGAGCCGAGCUCGGCAGCACAGCUCGACGCUCAUGCGGACCAAGAGGCGCACGAGGCCGCCGACGUCGUCCAGGCCGACCGCGAAUCGCCCCUGCACGACUAG